AUGCUGUUUUUCGGAAAAUCGCUCCUCGGCGCUGGCUACGUCGUACUCAAUGUCAUCCGAGUCAUGAACAUAAUUGCCCUUCUCAGUGUUGUUGGCGCAAGUUCAGUCAUGCUGGUCAAGACUUUUAUCGUGUCCAAGUUUUUCUUCUUCGAUGCUUGCGAACACGUUAUCAGAAUCAUAAUGAGCGGAUUCCUCAUCGUCACGGAACUCCCAUUGUUCAAAACCUACAUCUCACGAAAUUGGCCUCUCUUCAGCUAUCGAUCUAGCUUUGUCAUGCUCGGAGUUGCCAUGGUAUUCCUUGGUAACAGCAUCCUCGGCAAUCUCAAUAAGCAAGCCACAAGUCAGAAGAGUUUGGGACUGCCGUUCUGGCGACUUGUCAUUGCUUCCGGCAUUAUUGUGCUGGUCAUGGGUCCGAUCAACAUCCUCACGAGCUUCAUCUUUCGAGACAAGAAAGCGCAUCUCACCGCCCGUCAAGUCCGAUCUCACGGUGCAGUCGCUUCUCACAAAGCCGAUGUCGAAGCCUCGACUCCAAAACCACCAAGUCGACGCAGCCACUACCGAUCAUUCUUUCUUGGGACGAAGCGCGAUACUCUGCCUCCUUACAACUCUCGCAAGACGACCCAACAGAAUGACAUGGUCGAAACACCCAAGAUGCAUCUUGCAAUCUCCAGUCCCUUUCAGUCGCAGACUUCUGCCCAAAGUCCAGGUGGGGCGAGUUCAAAGUACAGCCAAAGUCCCAAGAGCGAACGAUAUUUCAUGAGCCCUGAACUCCACAGACCAGAUCUGGCACACCACCCCGCCAUUACACAUGGACAAGCUCUUUAGGCAAGAGCCGCAAAGGGUGAACUUGAGUUUCAGCAGGGACCUUGGGCGGCAACAGUUCCACGCCUGAAUCGAAGUGUCCGAUAGGAUCUUGGGAUACAAUACCUCACAGUAGCAUGAUCAUAUGCAACGAUACGACGGAUGAUUGACAAGGCGACGGCGCAUGGGGUGACCUGAAAUAGCAAUGAUCGGAAGGCAUCUGAGUGGAGUGGAAGCCUUGCAUAUUGUCUUAUCUAACCAUAUCCAACUUGAAAUACCC